CACAGGCAUACAGGAGGAGUCGAGUGCAGCUAACUGGGCUUUUUGAUCAAACUCUACUUUCAUCAGCGUUUUGAUGUCGAAAGAGGACAACAACAAAACAAUGGAGCCACAGACGAAACGCUGGAAAGGGUCCGAGUGUGACACUGGCUCCUGGGCUGCGUAUCCUGUACUGUCAGAUGAGCAGUCACAAGACAUUGAGCUGAUAGAGGCGUUUGCUGCACCCAUUGUCAACAAGAAAGAGACAUCUCGACUUAUCCGGGAGCUGCACAACCUCUACCCGCUGAAGGGCCUUCAGCACAUAAAGAGGGUGCGAGCGGUCAAGGAGAAGGGCAGCCCUCACCCUCUGGAAGUCCUUGUGUGCCUCGUCAGUGAUGCACCAGACAUGAAGGCGGCCAGCGUGAACUCUCUGCUCCCCUCAGAUGGAGUAGACGGUGACGGAUUAGGUGAACUUUUUGUGGUUAAGGUCCCUGCACGUCCCCCCUUGACCCGACCCCAGUUUGAGCUGGCGAGCAAACACUGGCCCACCUCCUUUCAUGAGGACAAACAGGUGACCGUCGCCCUGAGAGGAGAACUCUUCAGUCCGCCUCAGAAAGCCAAGAUGCACAUGUACAUGAUGGCUGCUUUGACCGCUGCCAAGGAAGGGAAUGAGUUGGGAAUGGAGGCGGCGGGGGCCGUGGUGGUCGACCCAGCAAUGGAAAGAAUCAUUGCAGUGGGUCAUGACUGCAGAGGUGACCAUCCCCUUCAUCACGCAGUCAUGGUCUGCAUUGACCUUGUGGCUCGGAGCCAGGGCGGUGGAUGUUAUUCUUUUGAUAGAUAUCCUGCUUGCCGAUUUUCGUCGCCUAUUUCGGACACCUUUCAAAAGGCUUCUGAUGCAGAGGCGAGCUCUCAGCCAUACAUAUGCACUGGGUAUGACCUUUAUGUGACCCGGGAACCUUGUGUUAUGUGUGCCAUGGCGCUGGUACACUCCCGGAUAGGUCGUGUCUUCUAUGGGACUGCGUCUGCCGACGGGGCCUUAGGGACCAAAUAUAAAAUCCACUCGCAGAAAGAUUUGAACCAUCACUUUGAGGUUUACAAAGGAGUCUUGGGAAAGCAGUGUGAGGAUCUAAAUGGUUCUGACAGCCACAAUAAAAGGAAAGUUUACAAGAAAGUAGAUAAUGAAUGUAUUAAUUUCAUCAGCUGCCUGGAGCUGGAAAUUUGAUUUCUAAUUAUCACAGGUGUAAUUAAAUUAAUAAACCACUGUUUUACAUAAGCAUUUAUUUUUAAAUAAAGUUUUAAAUCAUGUGGUGUUUGCUGUAUUGAGAACAUGUGUGGAUGAAAACUAAUAAGAACCACCACAGUGCGCACUUACAGGCUCGUUGGAAGGAUUAAAGAGCCAAUGACCCUGAAGACUAACUUUGGGUACGUUAGGGCGUAGGUCCAGAUGAGGGAGCAUUUGUUUUAAAUAGAAUGCAAAACAGCUCAGAAACAGAAUUAAGCUGCAGAUUUGAAUCUGGUUAUGCACCACCUACAGGCAACAGAGGUCCCAGUUUUUCUUUUUGAAGAUGCUGGUUUGUGGGUGUGCAAUCUUGGAAAGCACGCCCACUAUACUGUAAAACUGUUGACAGGACACCUUGAACUGCAGACAAGGUCAACCAUGACUAUUAGGAAUUUUGGAUCCCUGCAGUCUCACAGACUACACCAGUCCCACCCACUUUACUUCAAGACACCCUGUGUAACAACUUCCUGGAUUACUGGACUUAUUUCAACCCAAGCCAUGUUUUCUUAAACCUAACCAAACUGUGACGGUUUAGAGGGUGUGUCCUGUAGUACUGCAGACCCGCAGAUAGACUUAUUUACAUGCACCACGCUAGAAAUAUUCAUCGGACUGAGUGGCUGCCAUCUUUGGGUCCAUUGUCCAGUUCUAAUAAUACAUCCAUGCUGUUCACACGCAGACAGACCUACCUGACUUGAUGGCCAAUGUUUCAGGGCUUCCACUGCAGCUGCAUCUGUCAAUACUACUCGGACUACGAACUGAAACCACAACGCUUCCGAUACCAAAAUCUUGUCCCUUGCCAACAGAUGAUGCAUUCAUAUGCAGAUAUCUGUUUAUGGAGAUUACUUUGUGUCUAGGUUUUCAUUUAAAAUUGUUUUCUCAUAAACAUUGACUGUUAAUACAGUCAAUGUUUAUCUUGUUAAGAUUUUGUGAAGUUUGAUGUAUCAAGAUUGGAGAUGCUAUAAUUUUCCUUGUUGGCAGCGGUUUGGAAGUGCAGGUGGUACGCCUCUUCCAUUGACUUGACUAACAGUGACAUCGUAUGUCCUUGUUUUUCAGUAUGUUGGGGAGAGCAGGGUGAGUUGAGCCUGAACUUAAAGUGAGGACAUGGCAGUAAUGUCUCCAACUGACAUUUCAGGAUGUGGUCUCUGGGAAUAAUCACUUUGGAUCCAAAAUAAACUGUCUCUUUGCUCAACUUGCCCCACAUGAGUAAGUUGAGCCACAUGGGAGUAAGGGUCAAAUGUCAUGCCAACUCAAAUGACAGUUGACAUUUCAUUGCAGCUACAUUUUUGAUAUAGGUCCUAGUUGUUUUGUAUCAAUGUAUAAAGUCAUCCUGUCAAUCUUCAUGUCCCGUGCCACCUGACGUAUGGGCUUCCCAUUCUGUAGCUCUCCCACUGCUCUGUCCACAACAGGAGUUGAAGCCCUGUCUGUCUCCCAUUUAUAGAGGCAUGGCAUAAUAGUUUCUGGUCUGAAAUUCACAUCAUUUUGGUGAUAAAAUGAAGAAUGUACAAUUACAAUAAAAUAGCUGGCUCAACUUCC